AUGGGCGUCACUAUCGACACUAUUACUGCCGGCGAUGGUGUCAACUUCCCUCAGAAGGGCGACACUGUAUUGAUACACUACAUUGGCACUUUGGUGGAUGGGAAGAAGUUUGACUCAAGUCGCGAUAGGGGCGAACCAUUUGAGACGGAAAUUGGUGUAGGAAAGGUCAUCAAGGGUUGGGACGUGGGUGUUCCGCAACUCUCAUUAGGCCAGAAGGCGCUUUUGACUGCGAGUUCCGAUUUUGCGUAUGGUGCCCGCGGCUUCCCCCCCAUAAUACCCGCUAACUCGACCCUCAAGUUUGAAGUCGAACUUUUGAAGAUCAUACCUAAGUCAGGAUGA